CAAAAAAGUGCUGUUGGGGACAAUCAACUUUGCACGGCUCCAGCCAGCAGAGGGCAGGUGGGGAAACCGGCCGAUCGCGCGGGGAAAAUUGCACUUUGCACUUUCCCAGGAAUCCUACCACGGCUCCUCCUCUUCCUCCCUCCCUUCCUUCUUCCUUCCCUCCAUUUCUCCCUCUCUCUCCCUCCCUGUUUCUUUCUCUUCUUAUGUAAGAUCCAUGUGGUUCAGCGCCUAGGCUUGCAAUCUGAAGUCGUCCUUGCAAGUAUAAAUAAACCAUGGCGAAAAUAACAGAACCACAGAAUUACAGAACUGGAGAAUUAGAAGGGGCAUCUAGUCAGACGCCCUGCGAUGCAGGAAUCGCAGUCCUGGUCUUGUGGCCGCCAACCCCGGACGAGAGCCCCUGCUCCGUUGCAAAAAUGAUGGUGACGUUUUCUUCCAGACCGUCUCCUUCUCUGCGUGGAGCAGAAACUGUUUCUGGAGAGCUGCUGAAUCGGGUGCAGGAAGAAGGAAUGGAGAGCUGUGCAGGAUCUGGCCCUUCCCCUCGGCUUCUGGGCCCGGUGACCUUUGAGGAUGUGACCGUGCAUUUCACAGAGGAGGAGUGGGCCCUUCUGGAUCUGGGCCAGAGGGCCUUGCACAGAGAAGUCAUGGAAGAGAAUUACAGGAAUCUGGCCUCUCUGGGUGAUGGGAGGGAGAGCAGUGAAGAGAAUGAACCCCAGGGAAUUAAAACUGAAGCAGAAGAGAAUUUGAGGAAGGACACUGUUGUUCCAGACGGUGCUGGCUUCAAUGAAACUCUGAUGCUGGAAAAACAUCAUACAGGCAAGAAACAGGAAAACGCCUCUUCUUGUGUAAGAAACCCAGCUAGAAUAUUGAAUCCCAGCACCCUUGGAAGAAAACAUAAUGGGGAUAAACUGUUUCAAUGUUCAGAGUGUGAAAGGAGCUUCAAGUACAAGUCACUUCUUCAUCUACAUGAAAGAAUCCACACAGAAGGGAAACCACAUAAAUGUUCAGAGAACAGAAAGAGUGUCCGUCUGAGCUCCAAGCUUCCUGCUCAUCAACAAAUCCACACUGACGGGGAACCAUAUAAGUGCGCAGUGUGUGGAAAUAACUUCGCUGAUAGCAAUAAACUGUCUAAACAUGAAAGAAUCCACACAGAAGGGAAACCACAUAAAUGUUCAGAGUGUGGAAAGUGUUUCCGACAGACCUACAACCUUUUUAAUCAUCAAAGAAUCCACACUGGAGAAAAACCAUAUAAAUGCUCAGAGUGUGGAAAGAGCUUCACAGACCGUAGUGGCCUUACUCGUCAUCAGAGAACCCACACAGGAGAGAAACCACAUAAAUGUUCCAAUUGUGGAAAGUGCUUCAGCCGCUACAGUCACCUUCUUAGUCAUCAAAGAAUCCACACAGGGGAGAAACCGUAUAAAUGCUUGGAGUGUGGAAAGGGCUUUGCUCAGAGCUCUGCGCUUCUUUCUCACCGAAAAGUCCACUCAGGAGAGAGACCGUUUAAAUGUUCUGAGUGCGAAAAGUGUUUCCGUCUGAGCUCCAAACUUCUUGAUCAUCAGAAAAUCCACACUGGAGAAAAACUAUAUAAGUGCUCAGUGUGUAAAAGCAGCUUUGCGUACAAGAGACAUCUUUCUUUACAUGCAAGAAUUCACACAGGAUAAACUAUAUAAAUGCUUAGAGUGUGGAAAGAGCUUCACUUAGAGCUGUGUGCUGUUAAAUAAAGAAUCCAUUCUGGAGGGAAACAGUAUAAAUGCUCAGUGUGUGGAAAAAGCUUAAGAGAUCAUAGUAACCAUUCUCGUCAUCAGAGAAGCCACAUAGAAGCCACAUAAAUGUUCCAACUGUGGAAAGUGCUUCAGCUGGAAUAGUGACCUUCUUAAUUAUCAGACACUCCAUACAUGUGAGUUUGGGAAAAGCUUCAGUUUUAGCCAAACCCUUGCUUUACAUACAGGGGAGAAAGCAUUUUCAUGUUCAGUGUGGGGAAAGUACUUCGACCAUAAGUUACUAACUACCAAAAGGCCCAUACAGGUGAGAAGCUGUAUAAAUGUUCAGAGUGUGGAAAGAGCUCAGCCAAAGCAAGAGCCUCUUUAACCAUAAAAUAAUCCAUUUUGCAGAGAAAGAAUAUCAUUAUUUGGGAUGUGUAAAGGGCUGAAAAAUACGUCUUAGUAUGGAAUGUGAGUGGCACUGUGAUCUAAACCACUGAGCCACUUGAGCUUGCAGAUCAUAAGAUUGGCGGUUCGAAUCCUCACAAUGGGGGUGAGCUCCUGUUGCUCUAUCCUAGCUCCUGCCAACCUAGCAGUUUGAAAGCAUACCAGUGCGAGUAAAUAAAUAGGUACCACUGUGGUGGGAAGGUAAAUGGUGUUUCCAGGCGCUCUGGCAAUCAUCACGGUGUUGUGUUGUGCCAGAAAUGGUUUUGUCAUGCUGGCCUCAUGAUGCAGAAAAUCUGUCUGCAGACAAACGCUUGCUCCCUCGGCCUGAAAGCAGAGAUGAGCGCUGCACCCUCAUAGUAGAAUUUGACUGGACUUAUCCAUCCAGGGGUCCUUUAGUGUACAUCAGAAACCCCAUACAGGAGUGAAAUCAUAUAAAAGUCCAUUGAAUGGAAAGAGCUUCAGCCACGUUGGUGGCUUUAGUUUCCAUCAGUGAGUCCACACCGGAAAAGAACUAUAUACAGUGGUACCUUGAUUCUCGAAUGGCUUGGGUCCCAAACAAAUCUGCUUCUGAACGUUGCAAAGUAGGUGUUGUGGUUUGCGAAUGUUUUUCGGAAGCCGAACGUCUGACGUGGCUUCCAUGGCUUAUUGAGUGCAGGAAGCUCCUGCAGCCAAUCAGAAGCCGUGCCUUGGUUUUUGAACAGUUUUGGGAGUUGAAUGGACUCCUGGAACGGAUUAAGUUCGACAACCAAGGUACCACCGUAGUUGCCAUGGAAAGAGUUUUCAGGUGAGCAGAGUGGUUGCGUAUCACCACCAAAUCCUCACAAGGGAAUAAGUCAUUUAAAUCCUCAGUCAGAUGUGGUAUCUGUCACAAGGACAGCAAUUAUACAGGAAAGACCAUAGUCUCUUUUGCACAUAACGCCAAAGCGUGGUUAACAGAAGAAGAGCUUGCUGGAUCAGGAAAACUGGUCCUCUCCACUCUUGUGGUUUCCUGCAAGUAAGGACAGAACAUUGCUCACAGCACAGCCUCCAUCCUCCUCCAUUGAUGGACUUACCCUCCUUUAAUUUCUCUAAACCUCUCUUAAAGCCAUCCAAGUUGGUGGCCGUUGCUGUUUCCUGCUGGAGUGAGUUCCACAGUUUAUCUAUGUAAAAUAAGUACUUUCCUUUCUUUACCUGUCCUGAAUUUUCCAGCUUCAUUGGAUAUCCACAAGAUUUCGUGUUGUGUGAGAGGGAUAAAAACUUUCCUCUGUCGACUUUCUUCCUGCCAUGUAUAGUGUUGCAAACGUCUGUCAUAUCAUCUCUUGCUCGCUUUUUUCUAUAAAUGAUGUUUUAUUAAACAAUGGCUUAGUGAUAUCUGUGAAACUAACCCAGCAGUUUAACUAUGGUCUGUUAAAUAUUAUUAAAAGACACUUGUUAACAAA